GAGCUAUUGUAGCUCAACAUGGUUUAAGCUGAAACAUUCACACUAAUAUUCUGAUGUUAAUAAACUAACAGUGAUUUGGAGACACAUUCGUGGCGAGCAGCAGCAACACGCUGUCUUCAGCCAACGGAUACCACGUCAUGCUGAAGGAAGUGAACGUGAACGGGGACUGCGAGACUAGACUGACCAUCACAGGCAACGGUCUGCACAAACUCAUCUCGUUCCCUUGCAAGAGCCGCCCUCACUCGGUCAUCAACCUGAACAAGACGCUGUUGGUGGGAGACGAGUGGUUCAGUGAUGAAUAUGGAGUCCUUGUACAUCUUGUGGACGGCAAGUGCAUCAGGGAGACAUACCAGGAAAAGGACGGGGACUACACCAGUUCUUCGGCUCCCAUGGAGGAUGCGCUCUGUGAGAAGGUCAAGCUGAAGAUUAAGAUUCUAAAGGAGCAGCAGGAGCGUUGGGAAGAGUGGUAUAUGCAGAAGCAACAAGAAGCACAAAAUCAGCUGACGCAGAUUCAGACCAACCUCAUGACCCUACAGCAGAAUCUGCUUGGAGGACUUUUCUCAGGGCUGCCUUGGGGAGUGUUUGGUGACGCUUGGAAAGUGAAGCCUCCCACCAUGACGUGUCCUACGUUGUAUGACCUCAUCCCGGACAGAAAGCCUCUCGCAAAGAUAGUCGGGCUCACGGAGAUAUUGUCAGCGUACGAGUGUAUACAUAUUCAUGGUGUGUCGCAACGAUUCUGGAAAUGGCUGAUAACAAACGACCUUGCUGUUGGUUGCUCUGUUAUCAGCUCAGUGUACGAGAAGACCUCACCUGAGCAACAUCACAACAUAAACAUCAACAUCAACAUCAUGAUCAACUAUCAGUCAACAUCUGUAAUUACCCUGCUGGUUGGUUGUUUGACAUUCAGCCAUGCCAUCCCGAUGCCUCAAGUUUCGUCAGCGACUCUGACCUCAACAGGGACUUCCAGCUCCAGCUCUAGUGGUCAACAUCACGUUCAGUCCAGCAGUCACGUUGAGUCUUCAGCCAAUGGGAUCACCGUGACUGUCACAGAGUCCCAAGUCAAUGAGCAAUGUGUGGCCAACUUGAAAAUUUUCGGUAACGGCAUAGACAAGAAGGCCGAGUAUCCUUGUGGUAAAGCACCAGUUGACAUCAUCAACUUAAAAAGCGGGCUUGCCGUUGGCAACGAGUGGUUCAGCGAUCAACCGAAGACUUUGGUGCACCUCACGGACAAAAAAUGUGAAAAGGAAGUAUUUACACAACAGGAUGGAAAAACCUCAAGCUCUUCAGAAGUUAUAAAUGAAGAAGAGUGCCAGAAGGUGCGUGACAAAAUUUCUGAAUUGAAGAAGGAGCAGCAGAAAUGGAAAGAUUGGCUGGCUCAGCAAGAAUUGGCGGCCCAGCAGCAGUUUCAGCAACUUCAGCAAAACUUCCAGUGGUUUCAAAACCAGCUGAGUGGACUGUUUGGUGGUAAAUAAGAUCCAGCACAUUGCAAAACUAUCACAGCAAACAAGGUUGUAAAAUACAUGAUAUAAGAAAAGUUAACAUAAGCGUUUUGAUUAAGACUUCAUUUGUAGGAUUUACUUUAGCAGUGUUAGUUUACACUAAGUAUAACUUAAGCAGAUAGUGCUUAAUAUAUGUUAAAUAUGCAUUUAUAUAGGUUUGUAAAUAUUAAUAUGCUAAUGAGUGA